AUGCUCGAAGGCCUCGUCGCUGGCCUGCUCAACCGCUUCCUGGGCAUGUACGUUAAGAACUUUGACCCUGCCCAGCUCAAAGUCGGUAUCUGGUCGGGCGAUGUCAAGCUACGCAACCUCGAGCUGCGCCGCGAGGCCCUCGACCAGCUCAAGCUUCCCAUCAAUGUCAUGGAAGGUCAUCUGGGAGAGCUGACUCUUGUCAUUCCCUGGUCCAACCUGCGUGGCGCUCCUGUCAAGGUCUUUAUUCAAGAUGUCUUUCUGCUCGCCAGUCCAAAGGAAGAAGCCGAAUAUGAUCAAGAUGAGGAGGACCGUAGGAAACAGCGCGUCAAGAUGGAGAAGCUGGAUAGCGCUGAGUUGAUCAAGGAGAGGAAUCAGGAAGGUCUCAGCCAGGAGGAGCAAAAGAAGAGUCAGAGCUUUACACAAAGUUUGACGACCAAGAUCGUCGAUAACCUCCAGGUCACGGUCAAGAACAUACACAUCCGAUACGAGGACUCUAUCUCAGCACCGGGGCACCCCUUCGCUCUUGGUGUUACCCUCGAGGAGUUCAGCGCUGUCAGUACCGAUGGCCAGUGGAAGCCCACCUUUGUCCAAGACUCAAGUACCGUCACUCACAAGCUGGCGACCCUCGGUGCACUAGCUGUGUACUGGAAUACCGACUCAGAUCUUCUGGGAACUGGUCGAGAAGCGUCAGCCAACUCCAAGCAGGUUAUGUCACACGAUGAAAUGGUAGCCAAGUUCAGAGAAAUGAUUGGCAAGGAUGCGCAAAAGAAUUCCAAUCAUCAGUUCAUCCUGAAGCCUGUCAACGGUCAAGCCAAGAUUGAACUCGACAAGUCGGGUGACAUCAUGGUGCCCAAGUUCAAAGCUAACCUAUUGUUCGAAGAGAUUGGUGUUGUUCUCGACGACGAUCAAUACCGAGAUGCUCUAAUGAUGGUCGACCUCUUCCACUACUUUAUUCGACACCAGGAGUACAAGAAAUUGCAACCGAAGGGCGUCCGGCCCAAGGAAGAUCCCCGUGCUUGGCUGGAGUUUGCGGGUAAUGCUGUGCUUUCUAAGAUUCACGAGCGCAACCGCAAAUGGUCAUGGGAUUACUUCCGUGAGCGACGCGACGACCGAAAACGAUAUAUCGAGUUGUUCAAGAAGAGAAAACAAGAUCACCAAAUGACGGCUGAAGAAACCGAUGAAAUCAAUAGUCUCGAAUGGAAGCUAACAUACGAAGACUUGCGAUUCUGGCGAUCUCUUGCUCGCAACCAGCUCAAGAAGGAGAAUGCCGAAGCUCUAAAGAAUAAACCACAAGAACCUCAACAGCAGCAAGGUUGGAUAUCGUGGGUGUGGGGUUCUAAGCCUCAAGAAAAGAUUGAGCAUAAUGAAGAGAACACACAGAUGACUGAAGAGCAACGGCAAGAGCUGUACGAGGCUAUCGACUGGGACGAAAAGAACGCUAUCGCCGAUGAAGUUGAUGUCCCUCGUGAAGCAAUAAAAAUGUGCAUCGAAACAUCUCUCAGCACCGGUAGCUUUACAUUGAAGAAGAGUCCUCAUGAUAACGCAGCGGAUCUUCUCAGCUUGCACUUUGACGUGUUCAAGGCCAAGGCGUUGCAGCGUAAGGACUCGAUGCUUGCCAAUGUCAGUCUUGGUGGACUCCGUGUCAAUGAUGGCACCACCCCCGACUCUGUCUACCCCGAGAUUGUCCGAGUCAAGGAUUCGCCCACCGACAAGCAGCGCAAGCGACUUUCUUUGGCCGAACUUGAGCAGCCUGAGGAAGACCCCUUCUUCCAGUUCGAAUUUGAGCAGAACCCAAUCGAGCGGGAGGGUGACAUCGCUGUUGUCGGAAAGAUGAAGCCUCUUGAGGUUAUCUGGAACCCCAACUUUGUCGUUGGCAUCGCUGACUUUUUCCGACCUCCCGAGAGACACAUGGAGUCCAUUACUGCCCUCAUGGAGAGUGCUGGCGCUACUGUCGAGAGCAUUCGUGAACAGACUCGAGCAGGUCUUGAGUUUGCCCUGGAGGAGCACAAGACCAUCAACGCCGAGUUGGAUCUUCAAGCACCUCUCAUUAUUGUGCCUGUCAGCAUUACUACCGAGAAUUCGACAUGCCUGAUUGUUGAUGCAGGUCACAUCCACGUCAACAGUGAACUUGUCGACCAAGGUACAAUGAAGGAGAUCCAAAAUAAACAAAAGCAGCAAUACAGCGAUGAAGAUCUCAAGAAACUUGAGUCUGUCAUGUACGACAAGUUUAUCGUUAAGCUCACGUCGACUCAAGUCCUCAUCGGACCCUCUGUUGACGAGACCAAGGCCCAGUUGGUCGAGAAGAGCGACGAGGCUCAUCUCCAUGUGGUUGAACAGAUCAAUGUCGACUUUGUCGUCGAAACCUCGAUUCUACCAAAGGCGCCCAACUUGACAAAGUUCAAGGUCUCUGGUCAUCUGCCCAUGCUUCACGCCACAGUGUCCGACACCAAGUAUAAGAACCUGAUGAAGGUCAUUGAUGUGGCCAUCCCCAAGUUUGGCAAUACAUCAGCGGAGAGGAUUGAACAACACAAGGAAGCAUCUCGUCCUCGUCUCAAGAGCAACUCAUCCAAUAGAUCUAGGAGAAAGUCACAGCGCGAGCGAAGACAGUCCACACCUUUCCCUUUCAUGCAGUCUGAAACUGCAGUCGUGCUCGAUGAUAUGGAUGAAGAUGAUGAUGACUUCGAAGACGCGGAAGAUGGAGGUGACUCAGAACAACUCAAGGUCCAGCAGCGCAUUUUCGAGUUCAAGUUCAAGGUUGAUACCUUGAAAGGUUCGCUAUACCGAAGUGAUCCUGAUGGACAAAAGCCCGACUCGUUACUGGUUGAGCUUGUUGCUGAGCGAUUCGACUUGGAGUUCUACACCAGACCCUUCGACAUGGUCGCGGAUGUUUCGCUUGGUUCAGUCACUGUUGACGACUUUGUGGACAACCCUUCUGCCGAGUUCAAGUCUAUCAUCUCAUCUGGUGACAGUGAGGAUCUCAAGGAAGGCCGUAGCCUCGUCCACGUCAAAUACGUCAAGGUCAACCCAGCGUCUCCCGAAUUUAUGCCUGUUUAUGAAGGUGUCGAAACCAACAUCAAUGCCGUUGUCUCUACAAUUAACCUGAUUGUCACUCGAAAGACAUUACUUACUCUGCUCGACUUUAUCCUCAUUACAUUCACAAACAACAAUAACAAUAACCAGUCAAAUAACAACAAGGCGAUCACGGAGAGCGAUGACGAUGACUCGGAAAGCAUUGAUACCGCUGUUGCAGUCGCCAACGAGCCCCAGUCAACCUCCAGCAACGGAUCUAUCCGAGUCAAGGUUGAUCUGAAGAGUAUCAGACUGAUCCUCAACAACGAUGGCAUUCGCCUUGCCACACUGUCAUUCAAUAAGGCUGACGCUGGUAUCUUCCUGCGAGGCAAUACGAUGCGAAUCUCAGCUAGACUUGGCGAUCUAUCUCUUGUUGACGACGUCAACCUUGGUGUCUCGGAGGAUUCCCACCUUCGAAAGCUUGUCACCAUUCAAGGAGAUGACCUUGCGGACUUCCGCUACGAGACCUUUGACUCCAGCAACCCCAAGGCAUACCCAGGAUACGACAGCUCAGUCUUCCUCCGUGCUGGUUCAGUCAAGGUGAACUUUGUCGAGGAGCCAUUCCGCAAGAUUGUUGACUUCUUGGUCAAGUUCGGCAAGAUGCAGGCUCUGUACAAUGCUGCGCGCCAGGCUGCCAUGAACCAAGCCAACCAGUUGCAGCAGAGUCCCAGUCGCUUCAAGUUCGAUGUGGUGGUCAACACUCCAAUUGUCGUCUUCCCUCGUGUGCAGCAGCCAGGACAGGUUGAGCGAGAUGUCAUCACCGCCUACCUUGGUGAGAUCUAUGCUCAGAACAAGUUCACCCCUCUUGACGACAGCGAGAACUCCGAUAUUGCCAUGAAGCUUUCAGCUGGUAUUCGCAACAUCAAACUCACCUCGGACUUCCACUACCAAGGAGGACGUUCGGAAGAGUUGGAGAUGAUCGAUCAUGUCGACCUUGGCUUCAAUAUAACAUACGCUGAGCACAAGAAUGGCGUCAAGAGACCUGAGACUGAGAUUGAAGGAACAAUGUCCGACUUCAACUUGCGACUUACACAAUACCAAGUCAAGUUCCUCUUGGAGAUCUCCAAGUCGGUACCUGCAGCAUUUGCUGGUGAAGGUGGCGACAACGAGGAGGAAGCUGCCAAGGCUGUCGACGAAGGCACCCUGCAGCGCGCUAAAACCUUCAACUCCGACGACAAAUCCGCCGACGAGAAGACAUUGGUUGACCUCGGCCCUGAACUUGGUUCCGUCGGUCAAGAGUGGACUAAGCUUGAUCUUGUCUUCAGCGUCAACACUAUUGGUCUUGAGCUGAUCAACGCACAAGAAAAUGAGCCUGUUGAAGAUAUCGCAAAGUCCAGUCUAUCCAGGUUCUCGCUUGACGACACCAAGAUCAAGACAAGAAUGCUUUCGGAUAAUUCACUGGAGGCAGAGCUGCUCAUUCGAUCAUUUACAAUCUACGAUAGCCGACCACGCGACACCAACAAGUUCCGCCGUAUCAUGUCAUCGAUGAACAAGGAUGUGCAACAGCUUAUGGCCAGUGUCACAAUAUCGGGUGGCAAGGAGAAGAGCUUGAUUGCCAUGGCCACCAUCGACAGUCCCCGUGUCAUCUUUGCACUCGAUUACCUCUUCUCCCUUCAGAGGUUUGCGGUCGAAGCUCUCACUGUCGACGAGAGCAGCCCUAUGGACGACGAAAGCAUCAUGGCCGACACCACACCCGACGAAUCCGAUACCGACUCUAUGCAAGUGACUGUCACUGGUCGUGCUUCCCGCCCACGAUCGGAGAUCUCCCGCCGACAAAGCGAGGAUGUAUCAAAGCAGGGAGAAAAGAAGGAGGAGUCAUCCAUGAGCAUUGCGUUCCGAGUUAACCUCGUCGAUGCGCAGGUCAUUCUCAUUGCUAACCCGUUGACAUCCAGUUCCGAGGCAGUUGUACUGUCAAUCAGACAAAUGCUUCUCUCCAAACAGCAUGCCUUGACCUUCCAGAUUUCGGAAGUUGGCAUGUUCUUGUGCCGAAUGGACAAGUUUGAGACCUCCCGCCUACGCAUCAUCGAUGACUUUUCGGUUCAAUUGAGUAUGGAUGGUUCCAAGCCUAAUACUACCGACAUCCAUGUCGACAUUGAGCCUCUUGUCUUGCGACUGUCGCUACGCGAUAUUCUUCUCGUCCUCCAAAUCGUCAGCAAAGCCAGCGAGUUGUCUGGCAAUGAGCCAAAACAGCAGCAGGUCAAGGAAACACCCGCCGAGCAGAAGGCGCGCGAACUCCGAAACGAUGGAAUGAAGCAACGAUCUGCCAGCGGUCGGGGUCAGUCCACCAUUGCAGGAAGAAGCAAAGUGACUGCGACUAGUCAUGCCGUCACUCAUGGUGCUGACACUAGAGGCGGCAAAUCACCUGAGCAAGUUGCCCAACAGAACUUUGAGACUCUGUCUGCAACUGUCGAGGGUAUUCGUGUCGUACUCAUUGGCGAUGUCCACGAACUUCCGAUCUUGGAUAUUGGCAUCAAGAACUUUACGGCGAGCGCCGAGAACUGGUCUUCCAACCUGAAGGCCGAGACUGCGAUCGACCUCUACUCCAACGUCUACAACUUUGCCAAAUCCAGCUGGGAACCUCUCCUUGAACCAUGGCAAGUCGGCUUUGGUGUCGCCAAGGACCCUGUCACUGGAUUGAUGUCGAUUGAUGUUGCUUCCAAGAAGGUCUUUGACGUGACCGUCACUACAGCCUCGAUUGCGCUGGCUUCCAAGUCAUUCCAAUUCUUGACGUCCGACGAAGACGUGUUGGACAAGCCUCGUGGUGUUGAAGCACCAUACCGCAUCAGGAACUACACUGGCUUUGAUGUUCUUGUCCAUUCUAAGAGCCCGACAAGCGAGGAGCCUAUCAACCUUCGCCUGGAGGAUGGUCAGGAAGCGCCCUGGAGUUUCGAGCAUUGGGAGAAGAUGCGAGAGAACUUGCUCACCGAGUCAAACCAGAACUACGUCUCGAUUCAAUUGGAAGGCAGUGGAUUUGACCCUGUCAAGAAUGUCAGACUCAACCGUGAGGGCGAGUACUUGUAUGGUCUCCGACCCAAGACUGAUGAUGUUCUCCACCGUCUCUGCGUUGAUGUCGAGCUGGGAACCGACAACAUCAAGUACGUGACCUUCAGGUCUCCUCUACAUGUGGAGAAUGCCACCGAGAUUCCUGUUGAACUGGGUAUCUACGAUGCACAGGAUGGCCAUCUACUCAAGAUCGAGAAGAUUAACCCUGGUGACUCUCGACCUGCACCAGUUGGCGCUGUCUUUGAGAAGCGUCUCCUUGUUCGACCUGACAGCGGCUUCGGCUACCAGUGGAGCAACGAUCAACUGUACUGGAGAGACCUUCUCAAGAGACCUACCAAGCAGGUGGUCUGCAAGGGAGAGAAUGGAGACCCUUUCUACUUCCAAGUCCAUUCCCGUUUUGACAAGGGCAACCCAUUGACAAAACAAUACCCAUACAUGAAGAUCAAGCUUUCGGCACCCGUCACCCUCGAGAAUCUGUUGCCCUACGACUUCAAGUAUCGCAUAUAUGAUAAAGCGACCAAGAAAGACUGGACCAACUUCUUGCGCAAGGGCGGUGUCAGUCCAGUCCACGUCGUGGAACUCUCGCACUUGCUACUUCUUAGUAUCGAUAUGCAAGAUACAGUGUUCAAGGCGAGCGACUUUUCCAUCAUCAACCCUGGAAACAACGAGGACUUCAAGAAGGAGGGCAGAAUUGUCGUCAAGGAUGACCAGGGAUUGCCUUUGCACCUCUCGCUGCACUACUUCAAGAUCCCCAAUAGUGGCGGUGCAUUCAAGGUCACUGUGUACAGUCCUUAUGUCGUCUUGAACAAGACCGGCGUGGAUGUUAGGGUCCGCGCAAAGAGUUUCCUCCAGCAAGCCAAACCGGCUGCAGGUCAAUUCCCUUUGAUGGACACGUCGAACCAAGACCGACCCAAGGCGCUACCCUUUAUGUUCUCUUAUGGCAAUGACGAUCAUCGCAACCGAGCUCUUCUCAAGAUCGCCGACUCCGAAUGGAGCAAGCCGCAAAGUUUCGAGGCGAUUGGAAGUACCACUGAGGUCGUGUUGAACUCGGCGACCAAGGACAAGGAGAUCCAUGUGGGUGUCACUAUUGAGUCAGGUCAGGGCAAGUACAAGCUCACCAAGGUUGUGACGCUUGCGCCUCGCUUCGUUCUGCACAACAAGAUGGAUAGCGAGAUUCUCGUUCGGGAGUCUAGCUCUUCUGGUUACCUGACCCUGGGUGACGGCGCUCUCCAACCCUUACAUUUCAUGCAGAAGUCCAAGGUCAAGCAGUUGUGCCUUUGCUACCCCGGCGUGAACAACUCUUGGACUGCUCCAUUCAACAUUGCGGAUAUAGGUACUCACUAUGUCAAGAUCGCCAAGGCCGGACAGCGACAGAAUCUUGUCAAGGUAGAGGUUCUUAUGGAGAACUCUACAGUCUUCCUGAACCUCAGUAUGGAGACAAAGACUUGGCCAUACUCUGUGCGCAACGAGAGUGACAUUGAGUUCAUGUUCUGGCAGGCCAAUCCCAACAUUGACGAGGAAGGAGUCGAGGAUCGCAGCGGUUGGAGACAAGUCAGAUAUCGUCUGCCGCCACGAAGUGUCAUGCCUUACGCAUGGGACUUCCCUGCCGCCAAGUUCCGCGAGAUCAUCAUUUCUGCUAAUGGCAAGGAACGACAUGUCAAGCUGGCUGAGAUCGGUAACCAGAUUCCGAUGAAGUUUACCACGUCCACCGGAAACCAGAAGAUUGUCGACAUAAAUGUCGCUGCCGACGGACCGAAGCAGACUCUUAUUCUCAGCAACUUCCGCGCCAGCAAGAGUAUGUACAAACCCAAGGCUUUGUCGCGAACCAACACUGGCCCUGAGGCUUUCGAAGUCAAGGAUCAAGAUACCGGUGCGACAUUCCGAGCUCAACUCAAGUUGGCGGGCAUCGGUGUUUCCCUCGUCAAUGCUCAAAUGAAGGAGCUUGCCUACCUGACUUUCCGAGACGUCCAACUGCGAUACAGUGAUUCACCACUGAUCCAGACAAUUUCCAUGGCGAUCAAAUGGAUUCAGAUCGAUAACCAGCUGUACGGUGGUAUCUUCCCAAUGAUUCUCUACCCGACUGUCGUGCCAAAGAAGGCGCAAGAGGUGGAGGCUCACCCAUCGCUCCACGCUAUGGUCAGUCGUGUCAAGGAUGAUUCGUAUGGUGUGCUGUACGUCAAGUACGCCACGAUUCUACUGCAGGAAAUGUCAGUUGAAUUGGAUGAGGACUUUGUCUUUGCUCUUCUCGACUUUACAAAUGUUCCAGGCGCCAGUUGGACGGAGGUUGACGAGGGCGGCAAGCUGUGCGACGAGGAUCUUGACAUUCCAGAGCCGUCGGGCACACCAGCUGGAACAGACAUCUACUUUGAGGUUCUCAACAUCCAGCCCAUGCAGCUCAACCUCAGCUUUAUGAGAACAGAGCGUGUCAAUGCGGAGGACAAGACAUCAUCUCGCAACCCAAUUAUGUUCUUCCUCAACGUCAUGACCAUGGCAGUCGGAAACGUCAACGAAGCACCGCUCAAGUUCAACGCGCUCAUCUUGGAUAAUGUUCGGGUCACCACAGCUGUGCUCAUCCAGAACUUCUCAAGCCACUAUAGUCAAGAGGUCAUGUACCAGAUCCACAAGAUUCUUGGAUCCGCCGACUUCCUCGGCAACCCUGUGGGUCUGUUCAAUAGCAUUUCGUCUGGUGUGACGGAUGUGUUCUACGAGCCGUAUCAGGGUCUGAUCUUGUCGGACAAGCCUGAGGAGUUUGGCUUGGGUAUUGCCAAGGGUGCUGCAUCAUUUGCGAAGAAGACAGUGUUUGGCUUCAGCGACAGUUUCUCCAAAUUUACAGGCAGUCUUUCCAAGGGACUUGCCGCGGCGUCGCUGGACAAACAAUUCCAGGAUCGUCGCCGUAUCACAAGGGCUCGCAACAAGCCGAAGCACGCCUUGUACGGUGUCACUGCUGGUGCCAACAGCUUCAUCACCAGUGUCGCAUCGGGUGUAGGUGGCCUUGCACGCAAACCUUUGGAAGGUGCCGAAACAGAGGGAGCUCUCGGAUUCUUCAAGGGUGUCGGUAAAGGCUUUAUUGGACUGGCUACCAAGCCUGCUGUGGGAGUACUUGACAUGGCCAGCAAUGUCAGUGAGGGUAUUCGCAACACAACGACCGUGUUUGACCAAGACGGUUUGGAUCGCACACGUUAUCCACGAUACAUCCCACAAGAUGGCAUCGUGCGCCCGUACAACCCCCGGGAAGCUCUCGGGCAAUACUGGCUGAAGCAGGUGGACAACGGAAGAUACUUUGACGAACAGUACAUUGGACACCUGGAGCUUCCAAAGGAAGACAUGGUGGUCAUGAUCACUUAUGCUCGCAUUUUACUUAUUAGGUCCCGACGUCUUACCAGCGAAUGGGAUGUGCCGUUGAAGGACGUCCAGACUAUUGCUAAGGAGAGAACUGGUGUUAGUUUGUCGCUGAGAGGAGGUGCUAAUGGUCCCUUCAUUCCUAUUGGGGAGGGCAGUGAGAGGGGAUUUCUUUAUAAGAUGAUUGGUGUGGCGGUUGAGGAGUUUAACAGAAGGUUUAGGAGUGGAGAGUAA